UCUUUCAGUUGAUUCACUGAGAAGAAAAGAAAAGUAGAAAAAAAGUUCAUUUCAAAUUCUGUGUUUUAGAAAAUCAACUUAAACAUGAGAACUGUUGUUCUGUUACUUUUGGUCGCUGUUGUGGCCAUCGCUUUGAUCCAAGUCACCCAAGGAGAUCAUUGGGGUAAGAAAAAGGUUCAACAUUUAUGGCAUCAUCAUCGUCACGAUCAUCAUCAUCAUCACCAUCACAAACAUAAGCAAGAUCAUAAACAUGGUCACUGGCACGAUCACAAGCACAAGCACAAGGCCGACAAUGAACACAAACAUGGACAUUGGCACGAUCAUGGACACAAACACAAGCACGGCCACAAACACGAACACUGGAAUGACCACAAACACAAGCACGGACACAAACACGAGCACUGGGGUAACCACGAUUACAAACACAAACACGAGCACAAGCACGAAGACAAGUGGGACGGAUGGCACGGAAAGGCCUAAAUGAUUAGAUCUAAAAACAUCGGAUUAAACACCUUCGAACUCUAGAAAUCGGAUCUUCGAUGUGUGGACAAAAUUUGGGACCAAAUAAAAGAUUCAAAUUCUCACCGAAAAGGGCUAAUUGUGAACUCUUAUUUUCGACCACAACAAUUAAACAAACCAAAUGCUCACGAUCAAUUAUAUUCCCGAUAAACUAAUUAGUUAAUUGAAAAAUCAUCUCAACAAAUCAAUCAAUCAUCUUCAUAUUCAAUCAGAAACCAAAGAGCAAUCAAAUUCAUCAUCAUCAAGAUUUUCAUUAAUAGCUGUUAAUUUCCUCACCCCAUCAGUAGGUUAAUCAUCAAAUUAAUCUUGAUCCUUGAUCAACAACAAUCAACAAACUUGAAACAAUUAAAUUCAAAAAUCUUAGCAGGCUAAGCCCAUCAAAUAAUUGUAAAGCAAUAACAAUUAAAAGCUUAAUGAUUGUUGAUUUUAAUGUUUCUCUCAAAGUGUAAUCAAAACAACAAUCAAAUAAAAUAUUAGAUCCGAUUAAUAAAUUAUAAAAACAAA